AUGAACGUGAUGAAGACAAUGUCUGGAGAUUACCAUGGUAAAGGAAGCAUGAAGACACGAAAGCAGCGCUAUUUGAUGGUUGCAAUGGGCUCAUUUGUCUUUUGCUGUAUGUUUUGGAUUCAAAUUCGGCUCGGGUUAGUCGCAAAUCGUGCAGAUUUACGUGCUAAUGUCGUUCAAGCGGACAGGAGCGUUGGAAUCAUCACACGAUCGAACAUACAUCAGGAAGGACAACGGAAGCGUGUUACACAAGAAGAUGAGGAUACAAUACAACCUUCAAGUGGUUCACAAGCUUCAAAGCCGAUUAGAAACGAGGUAGACGCUGGCAGUAGCGUUGAGCUACAAAACCUGCGCGCUGUUGCUCCGUUGUCAGCUCCUGGUCCAGCCAUUCUUUCAACGCCACCCCGACUUGUCAUAGCAGAUGAUAGUGUGAUUGCACCUGUUGAAUCUCAUAUGGCAACGACGGAUGUGAUGUCAUUGCUCGUGGAUCGCCAUGAUGUUGUGUCGGGAUACGAUGCGGCAAUGAAGUAUUUAGCCAACUACAUGAUACCUGAAGGUUCGGAUCAGCAGCUUUUUCUAUUUUUUGUGUGCGGUGAUGAGCGAGGUCAGCAGACAGAUUGGAUGAGUUUGUGUGUGGAUGCAUCGAAGGUGGUGUAUGAAGUUUUUUCAACAUCUCCAUCACGAAACAAGUUGUUGACUAUUCACGCCGGCUUAAAGCAGGACUGGUCUACAUCCAAUGCCUUCUUUUCAGACGGCGAUUUGAAGGUAAAAAGGAUUCCUGCAAUUAUGCAAUGGCAUGGAAAUGGUCGUCGGACAAAGCGUGCCACUUCUGGUAUGAUUAUCGAGGAGAGCUUGUUAUAUAAGCCGCUGUUGCGUUAUCUCUUCAAAAACGAAGACGUACUAGACCCUUUAUUAGCGCCAGAAACGAUUGCUUCAAAGAAUGUCGUUCUGCUCAAGGGGUACGAUAGCUACAGAUUGUAUAUGGAUACCAUUGCAGCUGGUGAGAAUUCAUCGGUGACUGCUCCGAUAGGACCGAUGUUUCUCUUUUUCAUUGCUGGCCGAUUGGCAUCGAACAAUCGUCCCUGGUGUCCAUACUGCCGCUAUUCCGAAAUCUCAGUCGAGUACGCGUUCUACGCGUUUGCACCACAGGGGUCACGGCUAGUGAAGGUGGAGACGGUGAAUUCCUAUAGUGUUUGGAAAAGCCCUGCCAACAAGUGGAGGUAUGACACAGGGUUAAUGAUUCGUGGCGUGCCAUGGAUGUACCAUGCAACUUUCGAUUCUACGACCCAUACCUUUUCUUAUGCGCGGUAUAAAGCGCGUUUUUCCCAUCCUGAAGACCUACGAGGUGUAUUUCAAGGCUGA